UGUACCAUAAAACUUGCUUUUAUUGUCUUUUGAUUUGUUAGGUUCAAUUCGUCUUUAUCUUCUCUUUCUGCUGUUGCUCUCUGUAGUCUCUACCCAUUCAAUCAUUUCGGUUUCCUUACUACCACUUUGUCUGCUUCACCAAGUACAAUGCAGAUAGUAGCAGCUCGUAGAAAUAGUUCUCCAUUAAUUCUCUAGAGAUUUGGUCAACAGAAUAAGGAAAUUGCGGUUGUUCACCAUUUCCGUUUUGCUCCUCUCUCCAUUCCCUUUUUCUGCACGAUGAACUCGUAGCUUCUGCCAUUAUGUUUUAUCACUACUGCCACCACAAUCAUCUCAAGGAACCAUGAACUUCAACUCCAAGAAUUCUCGUUUGGGGUGUAAAGUUUUGUUCUUUCAUUUUCUUCUUCUUCUUCGGUCAUUUGCUCUGAACCCUGAUGGGGUUCUCUUGCUAUCCUUCAAGUAUUCGAUCCUCAGCGACCCACAUUCAGUCCUGGAAAAUUGGAGCUACCGCGAUGUGUCACCGUGCUCGUGGAAUGGAGUCACGUGUACGAACAUUGGAGGCAAGUUUAGAGUGACUAGCUUGGCUCUUCCCGAAAGCAAGCUUCUAGGUUCGAUUUCUGAAGACCUUGGGAUGAUCGAACACCUUCGAGAGCUUGAUCUUUCCGACAAUUUCCUUAACGGGUCAGUACCCAAUUCUAUAUUCAACGCUUCUGAGCUUCAAGUUCUUUCUCUAGCCAACAAUGUCAUCUCAGGUGAGCUAUCUGAGUCGAUUGGUCAGUUGAAAACUCUUCAACUUCUAAACCUUUCAGACAAUGCCUUGGCUGGUUCGGUCCCAAACAGUCUCGUUACUUUGAAAAAUCUUACCUUGGUUUCUUUGAGGAGUAAUUACUUUUCUGGUAGAGUUCCAAGUGGGUUUCACUCUGUUCAGAUUUUAGAUUUGUCUUCGAAUUUGCUUAAUGGGUCUUUACCCGAUGACUUUGGUGGGGAUAGCUUGAAAUACUUGAACCUCUCAUACAACAAAAUUUCCGGAACAAUCCCACCAGAAUUUUCCAAAAACAUACCUGGAAACUCCACAAUGGAUAUCUCCUUCAACAAUCUAACGGGUCCAAUACCACAAUCUCUGGCGUUGCUUAAUCAGAAACCAGAGUCACUUUCUGGGAACUUUGAUCUCUGCGGAAAGCCCCUGAAAAUUCUUUGUUCUAUUCCUUCAACUCCUUCAAACCCGCCCAAUGCAACCACUUCAUCAACCCCAGCAAUCGCAGCCAUACCCAAAACAAUUGACGCCAACCCCGAAACAAGCGGUUCAGCAACCCCCAACGGGUCACAUAAUAAGCCUCCAAACAGCCUCAAACCAUCCAGCAUAGCUGGAAUCGUUGUCGGCGACAUUGCCGGAAUAGGCCUUUUAGUCGCGAUAGCUCUCUUGGUCUACCAACAACGAAAGAAAAAAGAUGCUCAACCCGCCGAAAAUGUUAUCAAGACUACAUCGAAACAAGACCCGGAAAUCAAAAAGCCCACAAUCCCCUGUUUCUGGUUAGCAAAUGACGACAAGGAGACAUCGGAAGCGACGAGCUCCGACAGCGACCAAGAGAAUAGUAAUGCGAAGAUUGAGAUGACGACCGAAAACGAGAAUCUCCGGAAAGAAGGGAGGCUGGUGAUGAUGGACGGAGAGACGAGGCUGGAGCUAGAGACGUUGUUAACAUCGUCAGCGUAUAUUCUGGGAACAAGCCGAGGGAGCAUAGUGUACAGAGCAGUGCUGGAGGAUGGAAGAGCGUAUGCUGUGAGGAGGAUAGGCAUUGGAGAAUGCGCGGUGGAGAAGAUGAAGGAUUUCGAAAACCAAGUCAGAACAAUCGCGAAGAUUCGUCAUCCCAAUUUGGUUAGGGUUCGUGGAUUCUGCUGGGGAGUGGAUGAGAAGCUCCUGAUCUGUGACUAUGUCCCCAAUGGAAGCCUCGCCAACCUUUGUCACAGAAGAACAGGGUCGUCGCCCUUGAGCUUGUCGUUGGAAGCUCGGCUGAAGAUAGCAAGAGGAAUAGCACGAGGCGUAGCUUUCAUCCACGACAAGAAACAUGUCCACGGCAACAUUAAACCCUCCAACAUCCUUUUUAACUCUGAUAUGGAACCCGUCAUCACCGACUUCGGCCUCGACCGCCUACUUUGCAACUCCAACAACUUCAACCUCAAAGCUAACAGUUCGUCUCGCCAGCUAGCCAACCAUACCCAACAACAACAACAAAAACAAGUACAAGACCAGCUCCCUCCGAUGGCUUCGUCCUCUUCUGGUGGGACCCACCCACUUCCCUAUCAAGCACCAGAGUGGUUCCAAAGCAUCAGACCCAACCCAAAGUGCGAUGUGUACUCCUUUGGCAUCGUCUUGCUCGAGCUUCUCAGCGGGAGAUCUGUCUCGGACUUGGACAUAGGCCAAUGGCCUUGGUGUGAUGACGUGGAGGAGGAGAGGAAUAGGGUGCUGAGGGUGGCUGACGUGGCCAUAAGAUCUGAGAUCGAAAAUAAGGAACGUGUUAUAUUGGGGUGCUUCAAGCUGGGGCUUAGCUGUGCUUCUCCUGUCCCUCAAAAGAGACCCUCCAUGAAAGAAACUCAACACAUGCUAGAGAAGAUGAUUCGUAGCUAAUUGACUCUCCAUUGCAAUCAUGUAUCGUAGCCCCAGGCAUGAAUUUUAGAUCAAAAUUUCUUAGCUUUUUCAUCUAUAUUCUUGUUUAAUUUAAAGUUGAUUUAGAGCCUGCACGGAAGAAGAAAGAUGACCAUUUGUCCAUGUGAGGAAAUCAUUUUACUUUUGAUUGCCGAGUGAAAUACUUUGUCUGUAACCUGUGAUCUGAAAGAAACUUCCUCUGUUUGUC